CACCUCCACCCCUCCGCACCCCUCCGCACCGCUCCGCCCUCCACCCUGCGCGCUCUAGCCGGGAGCCCGGCUAAGCCCACCGCGCCGCCAUGGACGCCGUGGGGCGCGCCCUCUUCAGCGGCCACGCCCUGACGGCGGCGCAGACCUUCGUCGCCGGCGUGUCGCGGCCCAAGAAGAAGCGAGAGCUCACCAGCGACCUGGGGCGCAAGGACUUCGGCUUUGCACAUGAGGAGUUUGAUGAUGAGUCCGGCUUCUAUGAAGGCACGUUCAAGGUGAGGAUGCGCAACGGCGUGGGACACCUCCUUGAGGCCAACUCCGGUGCCAGCUACAGCGGCCAGUUCCUGCAUGAAAGGAGACACCGGCACGGCGUCCAGAAAUAUUCAGACAGUUCCUACGACGGAUUCUGGUCUCACGGGGAGAAGCACGGCCAGGGACUGUUUCAGUCCAGCACAGGCACCUAUGAUGGGAAAUGGGAGGAAAGCCUGAAGCAUGGUGCGGGGAAGCAGCUCUACAAGAAUGGCGAUGAAUAUCACGGUACGUGGUACCAAGGCCAAUGCAGCGGCAAGGGGGUUUACUAUCACGCCAACGGUGCAGAGUUCCAUGGCGCGUGGGCGGCUGGCAAGCGCCACGGCGGUGGGAUGUACUUCGGUCCUAAGGGGCAGAAGGAGCACCAUAUCUACCAGUUCGGCGUCCUGAUGGAGCGACGGAUCUUGCUUCCGGGCUCCAAGCCGCCCCGGGGCCACCGGGUCAUCCAGCCGAUGCACACCGACCAGACCCUGAAGACGCAAGCGCACAUCGAUAUGUUGAAGGACACCAUGUUUGACUCCAUACCCUACAUGGGCCAUUUGUCAGUGAAAGACUCCACCUUACUGGACCUGAGUGCCCCUAGCAUCCGACGACAGCAAGCGGCGGCCAACGUGGCGGAGAUGAAGCGAAACCUCUAUCCUUUUGACCCAGAGGGCGACCGCUUGGCCGACCAGGAGGAGGAGGACGAGCAGCUGGAUGUUUCACCGCUUUCACCCGCGAACGACGGGGGCACGGAGCUGCCAGGAGCGCUAGACCCGGAGGAGCCUUGAAAGUGCAUCUCUCCAGAUGGGAUUUCUUGGUUUGGCUGAAGACUUGAA